AUGGCCAUCCCGAGACGGAUUUUGCUGGUUGCGGUUGGGCUGGUGUGUUUUAUUGGCUUUUUCACAUUCCACCUGCAUACCCGCGAUACACUCUCAAACGCACGGCCUGAAUACUUGUCACCCAACAGGAUACCGACGCAUUCGCAGAAAACUGGGCAGCUGGACCCAGAAGCCCACAAGCUGCCAUGGGCCGACUCGUUCAGCGCCCACUUCAAGGCCCUGACUGACGUCAAGAACAUCACCAUGGCCGAGGCGAAGGCGGGAUGUCACUGGCCGGCGGAUGAAGAUGUGAAUUUCCAAUACAAUGCAGAUGUGGGGUGGGUUGUCACGGACCGUCCCGACGAGGAAAUCAACGCGCGCCGCAAAGCUUGGCAAGAGUGGUGCUCAGGCGCCUGGCCAGGCUACAGUCCAAGAAUCCCCCUCGAGAUCCAUUACUGGGACAACGAGAUGACCGAAGCCACUCUGAAAGACCUCGCCGCCAUAUACCAGCCCAUGUCAUUCAACGACCUCUCCAAGCCCGACAACAUCAUCCAGGUGAAAAAGGACGGAGAGUACCUCAACUUUCAGCUCAAAACCGCCGCCCUCAUCAACUCCAAGUUCGCCGAACCCCUGCUCCUCGACUCGGACAACAUCCCCAUCCUCGACCCAGCAAGCCUCUACGAAUCCCGCGUCUACCAAGAAUACCGCACCGUAUUCUGGCCCGACAUCGCGCGCUCGUGGCCGCAGAACCCGGCCUGGGCCAUCACCAACACCCCCUGCCGCAUGGACGAGUACGAGCAGGAGAGCGGGCAGAUGAUGGUGGACAAGCGGCGCUACUGGUACCACCUGCAGCUGGCCGCCUGGCUCAACAACGACCAGGGCCGCUACUACAACGAAUUCCUCCUCGGCGACAAGGACAUGUUCCGCUUCGCGUGGCACGCGCUCAAGACGGCGUACGGCCGCCCCAAGAAGUGGCUCACCAGCGUCGGCACCCUGAACGACGGCUCCUACUACUGCGGCCACUCCUUCGCCCAGCACCACCCGGACGACGGCCGCGUGGCGUUUUUGCAUGGCGGCUUGGUUAAGUGGACCGCGCCGGAAGUCAUGCGCUGGAAUAGGGAGGAGAUGGGCGGGUAUUUUCGCCAUUAUAAGCGCGCGCCGACGGAUGAGGAUCCCGCGCAGAUUGUGCAUGUCGGGAUCAAGUUUGACGAGGCAAAGUACAUGCCGGACCACACGGAGCCUUACAAGGUGGCCAUGUGUACCGAUAUGAGGGAUCUUGAGGCUGGGAAUUUGGACGACAUUCUCCCCGGAUGGGAGAAGGAAUACGAGGAGUUGGGCGGAUAUUGGAUGUUGGAGCAGGAAACGAAGUCGGUGGCUGAGUCUGAGAAAGCGGGCGCCCACGCGCACUAA